UUGACUAUAACCUCAACGUCCAGUUGCUUUCCCGACCAAUCAAAGGCUAAUAUGCUGUUUACUUAAAGUGAACUUGACGCUAUUCCUAGGUACCAGUGACAGCUUUCAUCCAACGACAGAAGGUCAACGCCCUCUCUUCACUCCGAUACUGACUCUCCCAUCCCAUUCUCAAGUGAUUGGUAUUGUCAUUCCUUUGCCCAAUAUCAUGGUCAUCCAAACAUACCGCAACCUCUCCCCACGCGCCCGCCUCGGCGUCGGCAUCGCAUUCACCCUCUGGGGCCUCAUCGGCCUCAAGCUGUCUGACAAGGCCGAAGAAAAGCUCGGCUAUACUCCCACCGAAGAAGAUCGCAGGGCGCUGGAGAGAUUUAAGCCUCGGAUCAUUGAGGUCGAGAAGGAGGUUGAGAAAGUUGUCAGGGCUGAGAAAUGAGUUCACACGUCUGGGAGUGAAGUUGGGGUGACGGGGAUGGUGACGCUGAUGUGAAGAGAGGACACAUCGAUUGAUUGAUGCCACCACCGGAACUCAAUGAUGGGUACUUUCUUUCUGAAGUCUUGGACUUUGAAAAGAGAAGAAAGACUCAGCGGAAUCGGGAAAACGGACAUUGGAUGAGCAGAAAUGGAUGGAUGACAGGACACGUCGUCAUCUUCCGCCAACAUCCGAAGAUCGAUGGGAGGAACAUCCAACAAUGGACGGAACAGAAAGCGGGAGCCGGUUGAGCUUCGGCGGUUGUCCAUGGCAACAACAGCAGCAAAACAAAAGCAGAAACAGAGCAGCAGCACCCUGUACCAGUCAGGAAGAGAUAUAAGCAAGCCACCUUAUUAAUGAUUCGAACCACAAACCACCAACCACUACCCUCUACUUGUUUAUUUGCGUAUGACCAAGUUGGCGGUCGAGUUUAUGCAGGACUACCAGUCAUGUAUUUGCUUGUUCAUAGGGAAGAAUAACAUACGAGUUAGCUUGAAGACUAACAACCUAAGGUUUGAGUUGAG